CCACUGCGCUACACAGUGCUCAUGGGACACGGCAUGUGCGCGGGGCUAGUGGCUGCCGCCUGCACCUGUGGCUUCACUGUCUCCCUGGUCACCACCUCCCUUGUAUUUCACCUGCCCUUCCACUCCUCCAACCAGCUCCAUCACUUUUUCUGUGACAUCUCUCCUGUCCUCCAGCUGGCCUCUCACCACUCCCGCCUCAGUCAGUUGGUCAUAUUCAUACUCGGUGUAUUUGCCCUGGUUAUUCCACUGUUACUUAUCCUGGUCUCCUACAUUCGCAUCCUCUCUGCCAUUCUAAAAAUCUCGUCCUCUGUUGGAAGAUAUAAGGCCUUCUCCACCUGUGCCUCUCAUCUCAUUGUGGUAACUGUUCACUAUGGUUGUGCCUCUUUCAUCUACUUAAGGCCCAAGUCCAAUUACUCUUCAAGCCAAGACACCCUAAUAUCUGUGUCCUAUACCAUCCUUACUCCAUUGUUCAAUCCAAUGGUUUACAGUCUGCGAAAUAAGGAAUUCAAAUCAGCUCUUCGAAGAACAAUGGGUCAGACUUUAUAUACUGUUAAUUAA